GAUUUGUUGCGUUUUAUUCACUUGUUUUGCUUCCCCCAAAUCUAAUACAAUUGCGACACCGGGCAGCAAUCUCUCUCUCUCUCUCUAAAAUGGACGAAGUGAUGACGGCCGCUGAUGCGUCGUCGAGCUUCCGAUCGGCAUCAUCCCAGCCAUCCAUCAUCCCCUCCAACGUUCCUCUCCUCUCCGCUUUCCUUUCCCUCGCCCUCGCUCAGUUUCUCAAGCUCUUCACCACCUGGUUCAAGGAGAAGAGAUGGGAUUCUAGAAGGAUGCUUGGGUCAGGUGGGAUGCCCUCAUCACAUUCAGCAACUGUGACGGCUCUUGCGGUUGCCAUUGGCUUGGAAGAAGGAACCGGAGGGCCCGCAUUUGCUAUUGCAGUGGUCUUGGCAUGUGUUGUAAUGUAUGAUGCUUCUGGAGUAAGACUUCAUGCUGGUCGCCAAGCCGAAUUACUGAAUCAAAUUGUGUGUGAGCUACCUCCGGAACACCCUGUCUCUAAUGUUAGACCUCUACGAGAUUCACUUGGUCACACUCCACUUCAGGUUGUUGCAGGUGCGAUGUUAGGGUUUAUGGUAGCAUUGUUCAUGAAAAGUUCCAGUUAGCAGAUAUGAUAUAGUGAAUGGCGGUGCUUGGGCCUUAACAGUGGACAGUGAAAAGCUUUUGGCGUCGACGCAAGUUUUCGUGUACAUAGAAAUGGAAUUCGAAAGAAGUUGCAGACCUUAGUGAAUCUGCUUGUAAUUGUUCAGGGUCUUAAUUUGAUGUUUGCAUACUAGACUUCAUACGCUUGGAUGAACGUUAAAUAUAAUUGGUUCCUCAUUGUUGGUGAAAACAAAUUGUUUAUAUAUUGCCCUUGUCUUCAAAAAAUCAUGGAUUGAGACUGUCCCCCAGCUUCAGAUGA